AUGUGUGUCGAUUUUGAUUACUGCUUCAAGCUGUUGCUCAAGCGAAUUCAAAUCGCCGUGGUCGACUCGGCGUUUUCACCAGUUACGUUGUCGAACGGUACUCUCGGUAUCAGACCCAGCGUGGUUUUCACCAAUGACAAGAGCAAGGUCUUGGUUUCUGGAGGGAACUAUAAGCACUUUACGAUUCGAGUGUUCAAUGGGCAAGCGGAGUUGGUGAUGUGA